GAUGGCGACGCGCUUGCUCCAGUUUUUUACUUCCGUCCGCCGCCGCGUUCGGCGCAGCCGAGCCAGGCGCCUCGUCGUCCGGGCGGCGCGUUUCUCUCCUCGCGUGCGUGUACGCGGGAGGCUCGCGCGUUACAUGAGGGAAAUUCAAAACAAAGGCACGUAAGCUCCGCCACCGAGAGAAACCGGAUUGUCGCAUCCGCGCGCGGGCGAGGGUCGUCGAGAGCCGGUGGCGAUUGAGAUCGCGAGAUCGACUGUCGAGUCUUCUCUCGGUCUCGCCGGAAUCGCGAGGAAGCGGCCGGCGUUCGGCCACAACCUCUGCGUACGGACGGCGAACAAGGGAAUGAAGCGGAUAAACGAGGCGCGUAUGCGUGCGUUGCGAUGAGAACGGACGACGUCAACCAUGGAUCUUUCGAUAGCUGACAACGUCGAGGACGAGUCCGACGAACUGUUCUCAGAUGACGAACAAAAAAGGGAGACUGGCUCCAACGUCCUCCAGGAUGUCUCGGUCUCGAGUCGCUGCGAAAUACCCUCGUCGCUGCUUGAUAGUCCCAAUACGAUAAUAUCAACCGACGCUGUAAUUCCGUCUACGCCGUUGAGUCUGUUGCCCUUUUUGAGUAAAAAGAACGAGCAGUGGACUAGCGACUUGGAGACACCAGCACAGGCUCGCACAAUGCCAAUGGCCAGCUCAGCAGGAACAACAGAAGAAACACCUAAACUUGAAGAGCGUACGCCUGAUCUUUCAGCUGUUAGAAGCGAAGACGUAACUAUCUCUGGUUCCCCAGUUAUUGCCUUUAGAGCGACAAAGAGACGCUCCAAGCGUCGCAUAUUCAGAUCUUCCUUAUCUAUAGACCCGUCGGCUGUGACUAGCAAUGAAGAUGUUACUGCAAACGCACAAGUAGAAGCACCGGUUAUUUCUGAUACUAAUUCCGUAACCGUGCCAAAAAUUGGAUUCCAAACUGCUCGCGGUAAAGCCAUCGAUAUCUCCGAGCAAGCUUUAGCCAAGGCCAGAGCGUUGUUUGCGCAGGAUUUGGACGACACUUUGAUAAACGACGCUACGAAUGCCAAUCCGUCUCUUGAGAGUGCUCUUAUAGAUUGCAAGCCGAAAGGUCUCAAUAGAAAUCAGAACACACGUAAUGAUGAGUCAGAACUUCUUAUGAACACAGUACCUGAUAGUUUAAACAUUUCCACGCAGGAGUUCUUUAGCAAUGCCUCGUUCAGCAAAAUAGACGAGUUAAGCUUUAACACUUUUAAUAAUCGAAAAACAACGGAGGCUACUGCCACGCGAUGUAACAAUGAACAGAUUGUCGAGGAUAUCGGCGAAGAAAGGAACGUUGAGGAAAAUAAAAGUAUAGGUUUCUUUACCGCUCGUGGUGCUCCAAUUAAAGUCUCUGAGCAAGCGUUAUUUAAAGCGAAGAGACUGUUCGCAGAUGCCUUCGAUGCGGACGAGGUGCAGAGUUAUGAAUCAUUCACUAAAAGAAAUUCCAGCGAAGAGAAAAACAGACCUCUGCCAUCCUCUUCGUUUGUUGAUAACGUUUCUGUCAACAUUGCGAAAGGAGCCUCAGCCAAACCGAAACCACUUACAGAACAGUUGAAAAAGUGCGACAAAGUUUGCACUACAGAUUGUACAAAGCCACUUGUAAAUAAAAGUUCUGGUGAAGAAGUCAAUAAAGUUCCUAUUUUAUUUUCAACUGCUAGUGGCAAUCCCAUUAACAUCUCGAAAGAAGCGCUGUCAAAAGCGAAAGCAUUAUUAGCCGAUGAAUUGGACAACGCUGAUGACGAUACAUUAAUGAAAUAUUACGAGGGAUUGUACGCAGAUAGAAACCCUAUGACAGUAAGAAACACGACUCUACCGUCUUCCACAAGUAACAGUAACUCCAUCAGUAUCUCAAAAAAGUCACCGCCAAUAGCAAGAAUGUUGUUCGCGAAGCAAGAUACUCCCGUUGAAUUCACUUGCAAAAAUAAAGCCGAUAUUUCUGAUAACGAACAGAGUAAUAUAAAUACUUCGAACAUUAGAUUCCAUGCUGCUUGUGACGCGCCUGUUAAUUCUAGAGCAAGAGCGUUGUUUGCCGGACAAUCGGAUGAUUCGUUAGAACCGAUCGUCGCAAGAGAAAUUUAUAACGAUGAUAAUGAAACGAAAAGACAGGAAACAAAAGUUCCACAAAUUGGAUUCCAAACUGCUCGUGGUAAAGCCAUCAACGUCUCGGAGCAGGCUUUAGCCAAGGCGAAAGCACUGUUUGCAGACCAUUUGGACGAUACGUUCAGAGCAUUCGUUGCAGAGGGAACCAAUGACGAUAAAGUGAAGGGAUUAGAAGUGAAAACAUCAAAUGUUGGAUUUCAAUCUACUAGUAGCACCAGAGGUUCUGAAGAGAGCCCGAAAGCAAAAAUAUCGUUCAAACGAUUGGAUAAUGAACCGGAAUCGUACACCGCGAAAGCUACUAGAAUCGACGAUAAGGUGGAAAAUAGACAAGAGGUAAAAAUUUCAAGUAUCGGGUUUCAAACAGCUCGCGGAACAUCUAUCAAUAUUUCAGAACGAGCGUUAUCCAGAGCGAGAGCGCUAUUUGCGGAUGAAUUAGAUUGUCCUUUAGAAAUGGACAUUCUCGAGAACAUCGGGGACUGUCGCGAUGACGGUCGAAAGGUAAAAAAACGCGACUUAAUAAUACCGCACGACGGACUGCAAACUGCAAGCGGCCAACGGAUACCGGUUUCGAACAAUGCAGCAUUAAUAGCACGAGAAUUAUUCUCCACUGACUACCUGGAUGAAAGUAAUUCUGACUUGGGGCGCGCAUCGUUGCAAAAGCGCAAACUAAGCGAGACUAAUGUAGACGAGAGCACACCCCAGGGCAGGAAUCGCGCGUCCGAAACGAAAAAGGCACGUCUUAGCGGGGAAUUUCAAGCUAGAAGAUUGUUUCCCGGUAGUCCGAGCGUUGACAUGGCUAACGACGAGAACCAAGAUUCGAACGUGAAAAUGCAAGCACCUUCCGUCGCGGUUUUCGCCCUGGGUUCGCCUCAGAGGAAUACGGUAGAGCCAAUCGAAUCGGAUACGAUGGGCAGUCCUGUUUUAGGGAGGCAGCCUAUCUUGAGAAAACGAAAGAGUUUUGAUCGUCAAAGGGACGAAUGUAGCGCACAAGCAGAUAUAAAGAUACUAAAUACGGAGAAUCUAAAAGUGCAGGAGAACGUUGUGCAAGGAAGCGCAGCUGACGAAAAAAUAGAGGACGAUAAAUUAACGAAGACGCCAACACCAGCGCGAGUCGAGAAGGAAACCGCGAAGGGCAGUAAUACGGAAUCGAGCGACUACGGCGACACUCAGAUGAUGAUGGACUUUCUCGACCACUCGACGAAGAUCCUGCAGGAGCGCGUGGCAGCCGCGUUGGAGCAGGAAGCGAUAAUCGUCGCGAAAAAGAGACACGGGUCGAAGCAAUCGGCGGGCCACCUGUACCGUUUCAAGCAAGUCAACUCUAACGCUCGUCUGUCGUUGAGGAGGAUCAGCGGUGGCGCGCCGCCCGAGCCGCGUUCCCACCAGGAGCUCGUCGCACGACGGAUAUCGCCGAGGAUCCUGGAGCUCACCGCCGCGACCGCCGCGACGUACAGAUUCCGUUGCUCCGACUUUUACGGGGACGACGUGGCGUGCAAUAACGUGCACGGGAUCGCGAUGGAGGACGGCGCGCGUGUGAUCCUGGACGAGAACGGAUACGCGGGGCUCCGCGAGCUCCUCCGCGCGUUCCUCGCCAGCCCCAGCGUAGACCCGAAUCUCGUUCCCGCACGCUGGGUCGAGAAUCAUUACCGGUGGGUCGUGUGGAAAUUGGCGUCGAUGGACCGAAUGAAGUUUGGCUCGGCCGAGUUAUCCAGGGCAUUAACACCUUCGCAUGUAAUGGCGCAAUUAAAGUAUCGGUACGAUCGAGAGAUCGAUCGGUCCCAGCGACCGGCAAUAAGACGCAUUUUGGAGAAGGACGACGUCGCGUCUAAGAGAAUGAUUCUCUGCGUGUCAACUAUAGUAGAAAAUAAUAACGAAAGUGUGGAGAUAGGGAAGAGUCCGCGCGUAGGAGAGUCCAGGUGGAAGAUAGAAUUAACCGAUGGCUGGUACAGUAUAAAUGCCUGUAUCGAUUUAGGUGCGGUGAGGAAUAUAUCGAUCGGCAAAAUAAAAGAGGGCACGAAAUUAGUGGUAUCCGGCGCGGAAUUGCUGAAUUGCGAUCAAGGUUUCCACCCACUCGAGGCACCGGCCGACGUGUGCUUAAAAUUGCACACGAAUUCAACCAGGCGCGCACGAUGGGACACGAAAUUGGGAUACGCGCCGCGUUCGGGGCCGAUACCCAUCAAGUUACGUAACGUGUGUCCGAGCGGCGGUUUAAUCAGCAAAAUGACAAUCGUCAUCGCUAGAGUGUAUCCGAUGUUAUAUCACGAGAAAACCGCAUCCGGGGACUCGAUUGUCAGAAACGCCAAGAGCGAGGAGAAAGCGCAAAGCAAAUACGAGCAGCAGUAUCAGACCAAGGUAGAGGCGUUCUACGCUCAAGCGGAGGAGCUUCAGGGAGAGGGACUUUCUUGCGAAAUUAAUGAUAUGGCGAUACAGCUGAACGAAGAUUAUGAAAAUUUGCGUACAGAGGAAUUCUCUAAAGAGCGGCAUAACAAAUUGCUGAAAGAGUUACGUGAAAAGGGGGAGCGGUUCAAGCAGAGGAUGCAGUCAAAAUUGCGCGAAAGCCUGCCGGGACCGCGGCAGGUUUCUCAGCUGCUCAAGGUUCGCGUGUGCGACGAAAAUGCGAACGCCAUUCUUUCAGUUUGGUCGCCCAGCGAGGAGGUAGUCGACGCGCUCAAAGAAGGCGCGUGUGUUGCGCUCUGCAACAUCGUGGCUUCCGGAAAGAGGGGCACCGAAUUGCAACUCACCGCACGCCGGUCUGCAAUUUUUAAACCAGGAAAGAUGCGCGACACGUCCUAUCCCGCUAGAGCGUGCAUGUCUCUGUGCGAAAUAGCAAAUUCCGAAUUUGUCCCACCUUACGGAGAGUUUGAUACGGUCGGUCUUGUCUGUUCGGUCGGUCCUGCCCCUUACGGCAUGAAAGACUUCGAGGCCGUACACUUGGCACAUUGUAAAGCGAAUUCAAGCGACUCCUCGUAUCUCUCGAUAUUGUUUUGGCAAGGAAUAGCCAGUUACGGCUACACGGAGAUUCUCACUGUCGGAUCUAUCGUAGCUUGCAGCAAUUUAGAAUGGCGAAGGGCAACUUCGUGGAACGUCCCAGCGGCGUAUUGCACGGAAAGAAGCACUUUUACGCGCAAUCCUCGCCGAAAUCAUUUACACGAAUCGUUCGAAAAUCUGCGAAACCUAAUCACGGAUCCAAUUAAAUACGUCGAGAGAUGUGCUUUUGAGCUUAACGUGGAAUUGCAAAAGAAGUCGACGCCUACGCGCUACAUAGCAGGUAAAAAUACUCCGAUUAAGAUAUACAGUUCGACGUCAAGCGCCGCCCAAAAAUUGGCCGAUUGUAUGUCGCCGCUGGCGACAUUGGGAACGGGCGACAGAUCGAAUUCUAUCGCGUCCAAUCCCUCGAUUCAGAAACGACUUGAGAAACUCCAACAUUACGGCGAGGCGCCCGAGCUAUCUCCUAUCAUACUAAAAAACUCCAAGAGGAUUUCUUUGGAUUUUCAAUCGCCCAUUCGCACUCUGGGUGUAGACUCGACGAAGAAGUCGAUUUAAACUCGUCCGCCACGGCGGAACAACAUUGAUAAUUAUUUUACGUUGUUGAUUUCAUUUUACAGUCUCAUUCUAAUUAGAAGUGCCUUAAAAUAGUGUAAAUUUGUUAAUAAUUACUAAAUGUUCAUUAAUAAACUGUUUCUAUAAUUAUAGUAA